CGCCCCCUCACAACGCCGGACAGGAGAAGCUAACGCUACCAUUGCCCUUCUCUCAAACUGCGUCAUUCCAGCGGUCUCGCAACAUGGCGAGUAAGUGUCUCAGCUCUCUGUCUCUGCUCUCCAGACGGCUCUCUGCUCCUGAAUUCACCACUCGAUGCUGUUACCACAAGAAGGUGGUCGAUCAUUAUGAGAACCCAAGAAAUGUGGGCACUCUGGACAAAAACUCGAGGAAUGUUGGGACAGGCUUGGUUGGAGCGCCAGCCUGUGGAGAUGUGAUGAAACUCCAGAUUCAGGUGGAUGACCAGGGGAAGAUUGUGGAUGCCAGGUUCAAAACCUUUGGCUGCGGCUCUGCUAUUGCCUCCAGCUCUCUGGCCACUGAGUGGGUGAAGGGCAAAUCUGUGGACGAAGCUUUGACAAUAAGGAACACCGACAUUGCCAAAGAGCUCUGUCUUCCACCAGUUAAACUCCACUGCUCCAUGCUUGCAGAGGACGCCAUCAAAGCUGCCCUGGCUGACUAUCGGCUCAAGCAGCAGGACGGCCAGCAGGAGGCAGUCAGUGCCAGCAGUUAAAGCAAUCACUCCGAGCUGGACGUCACUGCUCGUUUCCUGCUGCCAGGAGGAAAAGAAGAGAAGCAGUAAUCCACUUAACUGCAGUUCUGACAGACGCACACGAAACAUGUUUAUGACACGCACAACGUCACCAACUCUCUGUAGCAGUGUGUCGUCGGGCUUAGUCUGUGGUCCUCUAACCCUGUACAGUUAAACUUUAGCCUGUCACCUAAACGCACAAUUUAAGCACUGUUUGAGUUACUGGUACAAUGACUUCAGGGGUUUGUAUUGAAAGGUGAGAUGAAUAGUUUGAGCUGUUUAUGUAUCCGUGUCUGCACCCUAAACACUGACAGAUUAUAUGUACAGUUCAGCAAAGUGGCUUAAAACAAUGAGAGGUUCAACUGGUUUUAUUUGGAAAUUCUGUGUUUUUAGUUUCCCUGCUGCAAUUAAAAAUUUCAAUCAUG